AGAUAAAGAGGAAGGGGGCGGAUGCAGGCGGCGCGGCGGGCACUGUGGCCGGGCUGGCGUUGUUGGGGCUGCGAACGUAAGAAGAUGAAGCUGCUGGCAGCUGUCGCCCUGCUGGGGCUGGGGGGAUCUCUCCUGCUGCUUCUCUUCCCAGCUACUCACGCAGAAGAGCGCAAGAAGGGCCCCAAGGUCACACACAAGGUGUAUUUUGAUCUGCGGAUCGGAGAUGAAGAUGUGGGACGAGUCGUCAUUGGCUUAUUUGGAAAGACCGUUCCAAAGACAAUCGAGAACUUUGUUGCCUUGUCCACAGGAGAGAAAGGGUUUGGGUACAAGGGCAGCAAGUUUCACCGUGUGAUCAAGGACUUCAUGAUCCAGGGAGGAGACUUCACCCGGGGAGAUGGAACAGGAGGGAAAAGCAUCUAUGGGGACCGUUUCCCCGAUGAGAACUUCAAGCUGAAGCACUAUGGGCCUGGCUGGGUGAGCAUGGCCAACGCUGGCAAGGACACCAACGGCUCUCAGUUUUUCAUCACUACUGUCAAGACCUCAUGGCUGGAUGGCAAGCAUGUCGUCUUUGGCAAAGUCCUGGAAGGGAUGGAUGUAGUAAGAAAAGUGGAAAACACCAAAACAGACAGUCGGGAUAAACCCCUGAAAGAUGUCGUCAUUGCCGACUGCAACACCAUCGAGGUGGAGAAGCCAUUUGCCAUUGCCAAAGAAUAACUCCAUGACUGCUGGAGGGGCCAGACUCUGGCUUGCAAAGGGCUGGGGGCCCGCACACUUGCUGAGGCCUCGCGUCAUGAUCAUCCCACAGCAGGUGGAUGCCUGCUGCGGCUGCUCCUCUCUCCACCACCCCCUCUCCCAGCUACACUCUUCGGGCGUGGAGUGUGUGUGGAGGUCUCCGUUCCUGUGACAAUGCAUUCCAUCAGCUGCUGUGGUCCUCAGGGCGCCCCAGUGGCUUUUUUGGGGUGGGGGUGGCAGUCGGUGUUCCAUUCCUUUUUGUAAGAAAGCACAUGGACCAAUAAACAUGACCAUUGUGUUUUUGUAA